AACGCACACUCACGCCCCGUCAAACGCCGAGAUCGACGCCGACCCGACUCUCCCGCAGGAUGUCUAUCAGUAAGAUUCACGCUCGUGAAAUCCUCGACUCCAGAGGAAACCCCACCGUCGAGGUGGAUCUGUACACGGCUAAAGGUCGUUUCCGGGCGGCUGUUCCCAGCGGCGCUUCCACUGGCGUUCAUGAGGCUCUGGAGCUCCGAGAUGGAGACAAGACGCGCUACCUGGGCAAAGGUACCCAGAAGGCCGUGGAUCAUGUGAACAAAGAGAUUGCUCCCAAACUGCUUGAGAAGAAGUUCAGCGUCGUCGAUCAGGAGAAGAUCGACAAGUUCAUGCUGGAGCUCGAUGGAACUGAGAACAAAUCCAAGUUUGGUGCUAAUGCGAUCCUGGGUGUGAGUCUGGCUGUGUGUAAGGCGGGCGCCGCUGAGAAGGGCGUUCCUCUGUACCGCCACAUCGCCGACCUCGCAGGAAACAAAGACGUGAUCCUGCCGGUUCCUGUACGUGUGCCACCCGAUUGUUUAUUAUGGUUAAAUUACAUCUUAUUAAUCAAAGUAUGUCUAUUUGAAUGA